AUGAUUACGUCUCUUUUAGUUACUGCCACUGGGGUGAUUGCAGCACCAGUACUUGUUCCAUUUGCGAUAACUUCGAUUGGAUUUACUGCUACGGGAAUUACUGCUAGUUCGACUGCUGCUGCUAUCAUGAGUUCUUACGGUGGAUUUGUGACAACUGGAAGCGCUUGCGCUGUAAUGCAGAGCAUCGGCGCAGCUGGCCUGGGUAUGGCAGGGACGGUAUUAUCGUCCGCAACUGGUGGGGCUCUGGGAUAUGUUGGUAGUCUUCUCGCUGGCUUAUAG